AUGGCUGCAUCUUUCAAGGAAGACGAGGUGAACAUGCCAGUGAUGCGAGAGUCAGGAAGCGAUGGUACUGAUCCGGAUGACGAGGCGCAGAGCACUGGUACUGACCUAGUGGAAGAUGCGACCGCGCAAGCUGGAAGUACGCUGGAAGCAAAACUUCAGAUGACAGCAGUGGCGCAUCUCAUCGCCCGGCAAGAGCUUACACGCCCUGAAGUCUUGCGGACGACACCCGCGAGGCGCGUGCUCUCGUGCUUCUGCCGCGUGCUUCGUGACGGAGCCUACUCGAGCGACCUUUACAAGUACAGCGCUUCCAGCACCGAGAUUCCCCAAUUUUGGUCGCAUUCCUGGCAUGGCCGCACCUCGAACAAGAUCAUGUUGCUUCUCACAGUGUUCAAUGGAUUCCCAGCCUCUGUUCUGGGAAGCCUGGCCGUGCUAUUCUGCUUGCUUUGGUCCCGCGGUCGCGGAAAGGGACACGCCCUUGCUAUGGCAGUGGGCCUUGUCGUGUCCGUCCUGGCCUGCCUUUUCUGGCGCCCGCAAAGGCGGGUGUUCCUGGACAAGAUCUGCAUACAUCAGACAGAUUCUGUUUUGAAGGCCGAGGGAGUCUUCAAUGUCGCUGCCAUGUUGAAGCACUCGACAUCCAUGAUGGUCUGUUGGGACACCACCUACAUACACAGGCUCUGGUGCGUGUUGGAGAUUGCGGCCUUCUUGAAAAGCCAUGGUAGCAGCGCGAAGCUGCACAUCAAGCCGCUGCUUUGGGGAUUCACAGCAGUCUUCUCGUUCGUGGGUCUCACAACCUUCUUUGGAUUGCUGUUAGUCUUCGAGGUGGACAGACCGACCCAGCAACCCCCCGAUGAGGAUCAAUCUCUUUUGAGCAUCGUGCUGCCAUUAGCGGUGGUGCCCAUUGCAGCUCUGUGCCUCGCCUGGGUCGCCGCAACUCUCCGCGCACAUUUCCGCGACACAGAAACAGUCCUGGCACAGCUGCGCGGGUUUUCUUUUGAGCGGGACCCUGUCUGUCAUUGCUGCUCGGUCAACCACACCAGCCCAACAACUGGCACACCGAUGCCCUGUGACAGAGAACUCCUCGCAGCAUGCGUGGCUUUGUGGUUCGGAUCCGUGGCUGACUUCGACACCUAUGUCCAGCAGGACGUUGCCGCAGCCUUUGAAGAAAACCUCGGGCAAUUCGGAGUUCCAUACUCCUGGAUCGUCGGCAGCACCGUUCCCGUGCUUUGGUGGGCGCCUAUGUACAGCUGGAAUUACACCCUGAAUCCGGACGGCAGCUUUCUGCGCGGCACAGUGAGAGACAACAUGCUUGGUGCGGCGACAAUCAUGUAUUGGGUCGCCGUUUGGUGGUUGCUAUGCAUCCCGAUGAUAUUCUUGUUCUGGCAAAAGAUCCUCCGAAAAGGUCGCCGACGACGAAGUCGCGUGUGGCAGGAGGUGCUCAUCAACCUCGCAUGUGGCAUCUCUGUCGGCCUGAUCUACACGAUCGUACAGCUUCUGGACGUGUCGGGCCUCUUAGCGUGGCAGUACCUCCUCGGUGAGGACUUCUAUUUAGAAGCCUGGCUGGCAAGCUCGUCCUGUCUCAUGGUGAUCCUCCUGUGCCUUCUCCACGGCCAGGGCUUGAAGCUUCUCUGCCGCCCAAAUUGA